GCGUUCUUAAACCCAUUGCAGGGUAUCUUAAACUAUUUUGUGUAUCGCCAUUCAUUUAAAGUAUCAUCGAAUGACACAAGACCUAGUCAAGGAGGUCUUCCACGUGUGCGACACAAAAUGUACGGUGCUCUGGAAGACUGUCUGGGAGAAGGGGAAACGAAACUGACCAGACAUUCAAUACAAAAGUUUGGAGAUUCUACUUCGUCAGGACAAGAUGAGGCAACCAAUUCUCUACUAAAUUCAGGGAGAACUUUAAAUCCGUCUAAAGAACCAAAAAAUAAAUACGCUGCUCGAUUGUUGGGAGAAUGA